GCAAGGGCUUCUUAGCUUGUAGAACAAGAUCUACUAUCGCCUUACCACUCUCCCACUCCUUAGUUGCUCCCCCUUUAUUGAUCUAUUUAGAACCCCACGAUGAUAUUUGUGAUUAUUUUGGUUGUUUCUAUGGUAGCGAUCCUGGGGAUUGCCCGAUGGGUUACUUGGGUCCUCGUGAACAUAGAAAACAAAUAUGAUAACGCUGGCAGGAUUCUAGAUUUGAAGGACCUAGCUUCUAAAAACGAAGUGGCUUCCGCUCUUUUUAGAUUAGUCAGCGAAGAUGGAGCAGGGCUUUGGCCUCCUAGAGCUGCUCAUAACCGUCUGCCCUCUUGUUUUCAACCAUACCAGGAUAUUUACUUGGAACUUAUACCCAACCUUUCAACAGCUAUCCCCGCCCUUGACGAUGAUAUCAAUAAACAGCGAAUAGAGGAAUUUCGACACAAAAUGAGCAGGCUACUAUGUGAGCGGGUCAAUAUCCUAGAAGUCAAGCAUGUUUUAGAACGAUUCAAACUCGAGGGUAGUCGAUCUUUAACGCAAGAGAUAUAUAAUGCUGUGUACUGCUGUGUGGCUGUUUGUCGUCAUGCCUACCGAUGGGGCACUAUUCCAGUUGUCAAACAAGCACAGAAUGAGAUCAUGCUAGACUUUCCUAUGGAGCUCAAUGUCCCCUGGUCUUAUCUCCAGAGGCACUUUGAACUGAGUGGGGAGAGCGGCAACAUGACAUCCAAUAUCUUACUUAACUUCGAUCAAUGUGGAAAAAGAUUCUACAAAGUUAAUAUUACCGAUUCAUACAAAAUCGCUACGGCCGAGGAUAUAUUCUCACGUAUCUUCUUUAACAUCGAAGUGCUAGCGUUCCCGAUAUACUACGAGAUAGCAUUGGCUACCACCGCGUUUGCAGAUCAACGGAAAAAAGGGUGUAUAAGGCACGUUAAAAACAUUGCUAAACAAAUCAAAAAGCUACUUCCUAUUUUCUUUGAUAACCUGAGAGACUCUAAAAUAGCUCAUGCUGUUUGGCUGAGCCACGUACAAGGGUUUCAGGCUUGGGGGGUUGGAAGAAUUGUGAAUGGCAAGUUUGAGAAGCAUGACGGCUUAUCAGGCAACCAGCUUCUCUUCUUCAGCACCAUCGACGCCUUUUUGGACCUCGACCGGUAUUUGUCAGAUGAGAACAUGGAACGGUAUAUCCCUGUUAACCAGCGACGGCUCUCCCUAGCAAUCAAAAACCACUCUUUCCGCCACAAGUUGGACGACGGCGAUGUAGAACUCAAGAAAUACUUUAAGAAUAUUGCCAAUUACAUGAGAAUGUUCCGUUCAGCACAUAGAUCGCGAGCAAGACCUUACUUGGAACACCCUGCGCCUGAACGCUUGAUUAUGACGGCAGGCAAGUCCGUUCUUGAGACCCCAAAGACAAAAGGUUUCGAUGAUGCCUACAAGCCACUUGAUGACAUGUUGAUGGCACAACUUCAGUUAACAGUAUGACGCUGUGAGAGGGUGUGGUGUGACGAUCCUUGUGGUGCUGACCCAUGGGAUGUGAUGAAUUCGAGUUCACCAAAGGUCGACUCCUAGCUUAUGAUCAUAUUAUU